GCGCAAUAAUACAAACUUUAUGUUAUGUUAUCAAACAAGAUGGCAGCCUCCAUGAAGAAACCGUCCGUCUCCUUUACGCUACCAAUUGCCUGUCAAAUCUGCUUAGGAAAGGUGAAAGAGCCAGUUAUCUGCAGUAACCAGCAUGUGUUUUGUAACACCUGUAUGGAGGUGUGGCUACAACACCGGUCUCAUUGCCCAACCUGCCGUGUCCCCAUCACAACAGACAGCCCCUGCAAACAAAUUCUUGGUGGCCCCAGUUGCAGUGAAGACUCUGAAAAGAGAAGGUCUAAACCCGAGCUCCGCAAGAUGAGGUUUGAGAUGCUGCACAGAGAAUAUGAGGCUGAAAUUGAAACUCUCCAAACUGAAGUAGCAAGGCUCAGGGCCAAGAAUUCCCAACUUGAAAAACUGAAAUGCAAGGAGGGAACACACCCCUCAACAUCAGUAGUUCAGUCCACCCAUCAACUAAUUUCAACAAGUGGGUCUAAUAGUCUGAAAAGUUAUCAGGAUGAUACCACUACAAUGGAGGGGAGCUCAAGUCAUUCAGAUCAGAAGAACUUCUCAGUGGAUAAUUUUAUGUUGCUGACACAGAAAUUGAAGAAGACCGCCAAUGCUUAUCAGAAGCUGAAGGCUGAGAUGGAAAGAGUGAGACAAGAUAACACUCAGUUGAGAGACACUAGUGCAGGAUACCUUAGAGAGAUUGGAAGACUCAAACAAACACUCACAGGUAGAUCACCAAGAAAAUACGAGAAGUACACCCAGGCUGCUCAACAGGCUAAACUGGACAAGAGUGAGCAGGAGGGGAAGCAGCUGAAACGAGCGUUGGAACGUAGCGAUGUCUAUGUGGAAGAGCUAGAAUGCAAGUUGGAGAGAUAUGAACAAGCUCAUGGUGCUCUGGAACCCAGGACUAAUCUCUCUCUCACACUCGAACUAGAUAGCUUAAACGAUGAAGGGUCUAGAGAUUCUGUCAAGUUUGGCGAGUCGGACAUCACCAGUGUUCCAGAUAGUCCUGGUGCAGGAGAUGACUGUUUGGCAGUGAGUCCUUAUAAAAUGGACGGUGAUGAACCGGCUGCUAAGAAAUUUUACUCCACUGGGGGAGUUUCUACGCUGUAUUCUCCUACAAGUCAUGUCUAUAGGGACAUUUCCUAUUCCCCUGAUCAAGGACUGUACUCAAAGUUUCAGAAGUCAUCCGAGAGUGCCAACGCAAGAGGAUCCGGAAUCGGUUCUCUGUCUGAUGAUCAGAGUAAACCAAGCACAAGUUAUGUUUCUUCUACUACUCCUAGCAGGGGAUUCAGUACUCUUAGUCUGAGUUCAGGUACCAAGUUUGACAGAGCUGGAGGGGAAAGUCUUGACAAUGCUGCAGAGAGAGGCACCUGUUCCCAUUGGGGUUCAUCCAAGAAGAGUCCAAGGAGACAGCUGGAGUUUGAUACCCAGACUCGGGAGUCAACUGGAGAUCAUCUCAAGGUUCACCGUUCUGCGCCUAUGUCUUCUACUUCCCCUGCUGAGAACUCUAGUAGUGCUGACCAACGAGAUGCUCUGGCAUCCAGAGGGAAAUCCCCUGAAAAGAGGAAACUGGACAAUACUCAUGAUAAUACAUUAAAUGAUCUGGAUUAUACGUUGACUGAAGAGUUUGUGGACUCUGUCAAGCUGUUGAAAGCCGCCGAGAGAAGGAUUCGGCAAAAGAGUGGUAGGCACUCAGAUGCUGGGAACAAUGUGGGCCCAUCAACUUCAGGUGCUAGCUCAUAGUGGCAAUGUGAGAUCUCAAUCUGUUGAGUAAAUCACAUAACAUUUCCUAUACUCAGGCAUAAUUUCUGAAAUUUCCCGGUUUUUGUUGUGUUAAUGCAAAUACAGGUAUAUUUGUUGUAGAUGUUAAUCACUUUGUCUUAAUGUUCUGUGUAGACUACUGAUUUUUUAUGCAAAAAGCUUGGGGUUCUUCUUUCAUGAUUCCAUCCUUCUGGUAUAUCUUAAACCCCAUGCACACACAUGACAAACUGCCUUAAAAGAUAAAAAUGUGCUUCAGCAAAAUUUAUUUGCACAAGCAUGAUAUUGUUUAUAUUUCUGUUUCUUCCAACAGCACACAGAUAUUUGGGUACACUCUAGGACCUUUAUUGCAUGCAACUUCUUUUUUACUUCUACCUGCCAUUCAUUUAUUUGUAAAAUGAUUUUAUGUUGUGACAGGUUUUUUUUUCUCUAUUCAUCACAUCAUGUGUGAAUGGGGUUUUACACUCCUGAAGGCUGUUCACAUAUAUCAUGGUAAAUUGUGCUAGUUUAUCUCAGCAUUUUUGAAUAUUUGUUGUUGUUAAAGGUCAUACAAAGUUUUGGUAUGGGGUCAUGAAUUUGGUUCAAAUGUUUUUAUUGGAAGCA